UAGCUCGUUCACCCCCGGUUGCGUGUCUGCCUCCGACCGGUGUACUUCACGCACCUCGGGGUUUCCGACCUCCAUGUGGCUCGUCUCAAACAAAGUUAUGCCGUAUAGUCCCGGAGCGACGCAGCAGCAAGAAGAAGCGGAGAAAGUUGGACGAACACGUGUCGUGUCGGUGGGGGGCUACCAUGGAGAAAGACACUAAAAAGGGCAAAACUAACCCGGCGGCGUCGGCGAACAUUGUGUCCAAGAUAUUUUUCUGGUGGCUGAAUCCUCUGUUCAGCGUCGGGUACAAGCGCCCGCUGGAGGAGGAUGACAUGUACGAGGUGCUCGCCGAGGACCGGUCGGAGACCCUGGGGCACGACCUGCUCAGCUACUGGGACCGCGAGGUGCGAAAGGCUCGCAAAGAGAUGCGCAAACCCGCCCUGGCCAAAGCCAUCUUCAAGUGCUACUACAAAGGAUACGCCGUGCUCGGCCUCUUCACGCUACUCGAGGAGGUGAUCAAAGUGGUGCAGCCGGUCUUCUUGGGGAAGAUGAUCCUCUACUUCGAGACGUACGACCCAGACGACACGAGGGCUUUGCACGAGACGCUGGGCUACGCGGCCGGGCUGUGCUUCUGCACCAUGGGCCUGGCCGUCCUCCACCACCUCUACUUCUACCACGUCCAGAGGGCGGGCAUGAAGAUCAGAGUGGCCAUGUGUCACAUGAUCUACAAUAAGGCGCUUCGUCUGAGCAGCUCGGCCAUGGGUCAGACCACCACAGGCCAGAUCGUCAACCUCCUGUCCAACGACGUCAGCAAGUUUGACGACUUGACCAUCUUCCUGCACUUCCUGUGGGUGGGGCCUCUCCAAGCCGCCGCGGUGGUGGGGCUGCUGUGGUCGGAGAUCGGCCCCUCGUGUUUAGCCGGGAUGGUGGUGCUCAUGUUCCUGAUGCCGGUUCAAACCAUGUUCGGGAGACUCUUCUCCAAGUUCAGGAGUAAGACGGCCGUCCUCACCGACAGCAGAAUCCGCAUCAUGAACGAAGUGGUUUCCGGGAUAAGGAUCAUCAAGAUGUACGCCUGGGAGAAACCCUUUGCUGCUCUGGUCACUGACGUCAGAGGGAAGGAGAUUUCCAAGGUGAUGAAGAGCUCGUACCUGCGAGGCCUGAACAUGGCCUCCUUCUUCUGCGCCAGCAAGAUCAUCGUGUUCAUCACGUUCGCGCUGUACGUGCUGCUGGGAAACACCAUCUCGGCCAGCCGCGUCUUCGUCACCGUGUCCCUGUACACGGCCGUGCGUCUCACCGUCACCCUCUUCUUCCCCAGCGCCGUGGAGAAGCUGUUCGAGAGCCGCGUCAGCAUCCGAAGGAUCCAGGAGUUUCUGCUGCUGGAUGAGAUCACAAAAAGUGACGCUCCCAAACCGGAGGAGGAGGAGAAGAGCGACGCUGCCGUGGACAUUCAGGACAUGAUGUGUUACUGGGACAAGAGUUUAGACGCUCCGUCUCUGCAGAACAUCUCCAUCACGCUCAAGUCAAACGAGCUGCUGGCUGUGAUUGGACCAGUUGGCGCUGGGAAGUCGUCCCUGCUGAGCUCCAUCCUGGGGGAGCUUCCCGCCGAAAAGGGGCUGUUGAAAGUCCGAGGUCAGCUGACCUACGCCGCCCAGCAGCCCUGGGUUUUCCCCGGCACCAUUCGCAGCAACAUCCUGUUCGGCAAAGAGCUGCACCCGCAGAAGUACGAGAGGGUCAUCAAAGCCUGCGCUCUGAAGAGGGACCUGGAGCUGCUCCCGAAUGGAGACCAGACUCUGAUCGGGGACCGGGGGGCCACGCUCAGCGGGGGCCAGAAGGCUCGGGUCAACCUGGCCAGAGCCGUGUACCAGGAGGCGGACAUCUACCUGCUGGACGACCCUCUGAGCGCCGUGGAUGCUGAAGUGGGGAGACACCUCUUUGAACAGUGCAUCUGUGGCCUGUUGAGGAACAAGCCUCGGAUCCUGGUCACUCACCAGCUGCAGUACCUGCAGGUGGCCGACCAGAUCGUCGUCCUCAAGGAGGGUCACAUGGUGGCGAAGGGGACGUACACGGAGCUGCAGCGGUCCGGAGUGGACUUCACCUCCCUGCUGAAGAAGGAGGAGGAGGAGGAGCAGCAGCAGCAGCAGCAGCAGCAGCCGCCUCAGGAGAUCCACGCCAGGAGCAGAACUCUGUCGGAGAAUUCAGUCGCAUCGUCCGUCCAGUCGGUCAAGGAUGGAGACCACUUACCGGCUGAAGCCGUGCAGACGGUGGCUGAGGAGACUCGAGCUCAGGGAACCAUCGGAGCUGGUCUGUAUUACCGGUUCCUGAGGGCCGGGGCCAACGUCGUGGUUCUGGUCCUGGUUUUACUGGUCAACCUCUUGGCUCAGGCGUCGUACAUCCUGCAGGACUGGUGGCUGGCUUACUGGGCCGACGAACAGGAGAACCUGAACACGCUCAUAGCGACUGACUUUAACAGCUCACACAGUGUCUACCCACCCAACGCCACCAGCCUGGACACGGGCUUCUACCUGGGCGUCUACGGAGGCCUGACCGUCGCCGUCAUCGUCUUUGGCUUCAUCAGGAACAUGCUCCUGUUCAAAGUGCUGGUGAUGUGCGCACAGUGUCUCCACAACCGCAUGUUCGACUCCAUACUCAGGACGCCCGUACGCUUCUUCGACAUCAACCCCAUUGGACGAGUCUUAAACAGGUUUUCUAAGGACAUUGGGCAGCUGGAUGCAAACAUACCUUGGACAUUUGUGGACUUUAUUCAGGUGUUCCUCCAGAUCCUGGGCGUCAUCGCCGUCUCCGCGUCCGUCAUCCCCUGGAUCCUCCUCCCCGUCGUCCCCCUCUUCAUCCUCUUCCUGUUUCUGCGUCGCUACUUCCUCCAGACGUCCAGAGCCGUCAAACGGCUGGAGGCCACCACUCGGAGCCCCGUCUUCUCCCACCUGUCCUCGUCUCUCCAGGGCCUGUGGACGAUCCGAGCGUUCGGAGCCGAGGAGAGGUUCCAGAAAGCGUUUGACGCCCAUCAGGACCUGCACUCAGAGGCCUGGUUUCUGUUCCUCACGACCUCGCGCUGGUUUGCCUUCCGCCUCGACGGCAUGUGCUCCAUCUUUGUGGCCAUCACCACGUUCGGCUGCCUGCUGCUCAGAGACCAGCUGGACGCCGGCUCCGUGGGACUGGCCCUGUCCUACUCCAUCACACUGAUGGGGAUGUUCCAGUGGGGGGUGAGACAGAGCGCAGAGGUGGAGAACAUGAUGACGUCAGUGGAGAGAGUGAUGGAGUACACGGACCUGGAGAGUGAAGCACCCUGGGAAACGUCUAAGCGGCCUCCCCCCGACUGGCCCAGCAAAGGCCUGGUGACGUUCGACCAGGUCAGCUUCUCCUACAGCGAGGACGGACCGCGGGUCCUCAACAACAUGAAGGCCACGUUCAGACCCAAGGAGAAGGUUGGUAUCGUGGGGAGAACAGGAGCUGGGAAGAGCUCCCUGGUCUCGGCUCUGUUCCGCCUGGCAGAGCCUCAGGGGAAGAUCUACAUCGACGGCGUCGUCACGUCCGAGAUCGGCCUCCACGACCUGCGCCAGAAGAUGUCCAUCAUUCCUCAGGACCCUGUGCUCUUCACCGGCACCAUGAGGAAGAACCUGGACCCGUUCAGUUACCACAGCGAUGAAGAGUUGUGGAGCGCUCUGCAGGAAGUUCAGCUGAAGUCUGUGGUGGAGGAGCUACCUGCUAAGUUAGAAACGGUCCUGGCAGAGUCCGGCUCCAACUUCAGCGUGGGACAGAGGCAGCUGGUGUGUCUGGCCAGAGCCAUCCUCAGGAAGAACCGCAUCCUCAUCAUCGACGAGGCCACAGCCAACGUGGACCCCAGGACAGACGAACUGAUCCAGAAAACCAUACGAGACAAGUUCAGAGACUGCACCGUCCUCACCAUCGCUCAUCGCCUCAACACCAUCAUAGACAGCGACCGCAUCCUGGUCUUAGAUGCGGGGAAGAUCCACGCCUACGACGAGGCCUACACCCUCCUGCAGGAUCCAGACGGCAUCUUUUAUAAAAUGGUGCAACAGACUGGUAAACAGGAAGCAGCAGCUCUGCUAGCGGCAGCCAAACAGGCCUACCACAGCAGAAGCCGGCCCAGCGUCUCCAACGGCGACGUGGCGGACGGCAACCUGGUGAUCUUCGAGACGGCUCUGUGAGCGUCUGGGUCUCUGCGUCACCAGAAGACUUCAAAGUGCCUGGGCUGGUGGUCGUCCACUGCAGCUGGAGAGGACGGGGGCCGACAGAGAGGCCACAGCUCCAGCCUCAGAGCGGCCGGCGAGACGCUCAGCCCCAACGGUGCUGCUGCUGAUCCUUCAGGCUCGGACACCGAGCUCGGAAAACGUUGAUGUAGAGCACUACUUAAGCUUUUUAUUUAUCACGUGUUGAAGCGCUGCCUUGGAGAGAUGACUUCCAAACAGCCACAUGAUCCUUAAAGAACACUAAGUGCCUUGUUUCAGGUUUGCACUUGUUAAUUUAACUGUUGAAAAGAUCCAAAGUUGCACGUCAACAAAGGGGACGACCGAUGAAUGUCCUGCUCCGACACAUUUCAAAGAGAUUACACUUUAAACGUUGAUUUCUGUUGUUGUAUUUUAAAUGGUUAUUUUUGUUAAAUCCAUAAUAAAAUCCUAAGCUCGA